AGCCUCGUUUGGCCGCUGCGGACGGACAGACGGGCGGGCGGCGGCGGUCCCCGAAGGACGGAGAGAGGCGCGCGGUCGGACGGAAUAGAAAUCACAGCGCGGGACGAAGGUAGUCGCGCGGCCUCCCGCCGACAGCAACAUGGACGGCACCGACAACGCCACCCUGCUCUUCGCCGCGUCCUCCCUGCAGCCGGACAACUACACCCUGUCGCCCAACGGCAGCAGCCUGAGCCCCGGCCCGGACUUCCCCGGCGCUCCUGCCUCCAGCGCCGGCCCCAGUCCCGCGCUCAGUCUCGGGCCGGGUCCCAGCGUCCGUUUCGGCCCCGGCCCCUCUCCGACCCCGGAGCCGACGGCCGGCCUGGGCCCUUACGCGGGGGGUCUGCCCUGGGCCCCCCACGAGACCCCGUUCUGGGACACGCCGCUGAACCACGGGCUGAACGUGUUCGUGGGCACCGCCCUGUGCAUCACCAUGCUGGGCUUGGGCUGCACGGUGGAUGUGAACCACUUCGGGGAGCACGUCCGCCGGCCCGUGGGCGCGCUACUGGCGGCGCUCUGCCAGUUCGGCGUCCUGCCGCUGCUGGCCUUUCUGCUGGCCCUCGCCUUCUCGCUGAACGGGGUGGCCGCCGUGGCCGUGCUCCUGUGCGGCUGCUGUCCCGGCGGCAGUCUCUCCAACCUCAUGUCCCUGCUGGUUGACGGCGACAUGAACCUCAGCAUCAUCAUGACCAUCUCCUCCACGCUUCUGGCCCUGGUGUUGAUGCCCCUAUGCCUGUGGGUCUACAGCCGCGCUUGGCUCAACGCCCCUCUGGUGCAAUUACUACCCCUAGGGGCCGUGACCCUGACUCUCUGCAGCACUCUCAUCCCCAUUGGGUUAGGCGUCUUUAUUCGGUACAAAUACAACAGGGUGGCCGACUGCAUUGUGAAGGUUUCCCUGUGGUGUCUGCUAGUGACGCUGGUGGUCCUUUUCAUAAUGACGGGCACGAUGCUAGGACCUGAACUGCUGGCAAGUAUUCCUGCAACUGUUUACGUGGUAGCAAUUUUUAUGCCUUUGGCAGGCUAUGCCUCAGGCUAUGGCUUGGCUGCUCUCUUUCGUCUUCCACCCAACUGCAAGAGGACUGUAUGCCUGGAAACAGGUAGUCAGAAUGUGCAGCUCUGUACCGCCAUUCUGAAACUAGCCUUUCCACCACGACUCAUAGGAAAUAUGUACAUGUUUCCCUUGCUUUAUGCCCUUUUCCAGUCUGCAGAGGCAGGGAUUUUUGUUUUAAUAUAUAAAAUGUACGGAGGUGAAAUAGUGUACAAACAAGAUCCUCUAGAUGAAGAUACAGAUAUUUCCUAUGUGAGACGAAAAGAUGAGGAUAUGGCAGACCCUUCCUAUGGCGCAAUGCAAAUAGAUAAUUUAAUAAUGAUGGAAACCACUCAGACUUCUCUCUAAACAUGGAGAUACACAGGAGCUUCUGUCUUGCUAAACUACAGCUUCAUAUUUAUUGUCUCUGGUAGUGUUCAUGGUUUACGUAAAGGAUAACAAUUGGUUCACAUUAUCAUCAUGUAACAGUUAUGAUCUUCCAUUCUAGGGGGUGCAUUGUAGCAACCAAGUGUUUUCGCAAAUAAAUCAAUGUCAAAAUAUAACUUGCACCUGGGGCUGCUGACCUGAAGCCUGAACAAAUGUGUUUCUCGGUUUUCACUAUUACCAAUUUCUAUGACUGUUUCAAAUAUGUAAACUCUUAGAAAACAGGGUCUUGGAAAUGUAGAAUUCUGGUGCGCUAUCUUAUAUGAGUAAAAACAAGCUAUAUUUGUAGAGCAUAACAGUUUAAUGUAACUUGUAAAAGAAAAUGUGUGCUUGCUCAUUUUAUGAAUACCUGAUGAUGUUGAAUUUUAACCUGUACUCAGAAAAAGCACCAAACAGUCCAAUUAAACAGUGGAAUAUAGUUUUUUAUUGUCAAACUUGUAUCAAAUCUGAAGAAAACAAAUACAGUAAUGUACUUGA